AUGAUUGUGAUCCAGAAUGUGGGGACCAGUUCCCCAGCGAGGAUUAGGAGACAGUGGGUGAAAAGGAUUCAGUGGGGUGUCCUCUUGGGGCUGAUGGUCCUCAUCUAUGGCUCUCAUGCACCGCUCAUCACCCUCACCAAAGUAGAAGGUCAAGUCCCUUUCAACCCCUCAUCAUGUGUCGUCAUGAUUGAGUUAGCUAAACUCCUCAUCUCUCUGGUGACUCUUGUUCUAAGUGGGGCUUCACCCGCCUUACGUGCCCCACCACCUCUAGUCCUUGUGGCCCCCUAUGCAGUCCCUGCCAUACUCUAUGCCCUCAACAACAACCUGGUAGUUCUCAUGCAGGCCUACAUGGACCCUAGCUCUUACCAAGUCCUCUCUAAUCUUAAAAUUGCCUCCACUGCCCUUCUGUACUCUGUCUGCCUGGGCAAGAGGCUGCGGCCUGCUCAGUGGUUAGCCCUGGGGUUCCUCAUGGGUGCAGGGGUGUGUCACAGCUACAGCAGCCUGGAUCUAGGGGACCCUGAGAGGGCUGACACUGAGAAAGCUCCCAGGCUUCAUAUCACAGCUUGGGGGCUUUUCCUUGUGCUGGUGUACUGCUGUGUUUCCGGGCUGGCAGCAGUUUACACAGAGAGGGUGCUGAAGAGCCAGAAGCUGCCCCUCAGCCUGCAGAAUCUCUACCUCUAUGUAUUUGGUGUGGCCAUCAAUGGGCUGGCCUCCUUCUCCUCUGUAGCAAGUGAAAAGAGCUUUCUGGAGGGAUACUCAGGGGCAGUUUGGCUCAUUAUAGCAGGGCAGGCAGCUAACGGACUCCUGAUGUCUGUGGUGCUCAAGCAUGGCAGUGGGAUCACCAGACUGUUUGUCAUUUCCUGCUCCAUGCUGGUUAAUGCUCUGUUGUCCUGGGCCACCUUAGGGCUUCAGCUUAGUCCUUUUUUCCUUGUACCUGUUUCUAUGGUUGGACUGGCAGCUUACCUUUAUUACAUAUAGAAGAGUGGAGGCCCAUUCAACCCGAAAAGAACUCUAUUAUAGUCUUCUUAAACUUCUUUUUCCUAGUUUUUGAGUUUUGAGUUUUUCCCUUAGUUUCUUUUCUGCCUUCUAUCAACCUGCCUUCGGAGUCUUGGACUGACCUGGACUCCAGAAUCCAACACACGGCAAUUUGCGUCAUAGUUUAGAGUUUAAUUUAUAAUUAUGUUACACUUUUGCAAAUAAAUACAUAUUGUAAUGCAAGUAAAGACCAUUAUAUCUUCAGUUAAACACUUCUGAAGAGUGCUGCUAUUGUCCUGUUUUUUUCUGUUUUGUGUUACACUCUCUGCCAAGAACAAUGUCAAAGCUAAAGUGUUAUACACUGUGUUAAUAAUAAUCAAUAAAUUGUCAAAAACG